AUGUGCGUGCUGCACCUAGGCAGCGGCAACGAUGCCAGGAAGAAGAAGGUGUUCAACAACAUCCGCGACAACAGCGACCCCUCGGACAACUGGGACAUGGUCGGCGAGCUCGGCGAUGGCGCGUUUGGGAAGGUAUACAAAGCCCAGCACAAGACGACCGGCCAGCUCGCCGCCGCCAAGAUGUGCGUUCUGGACAACGAGGACGACCUCGCGGACUUCACCGUCGAGAUCGACAUCCUGUCCGAGUGCCGGCAUCCGAACGUCGUCGAGCUGCACGAAGCUUACUUCAUCGAUAAUAAGUUGUGGAUGCUCCUCGAGUACUGCGACGGUGGCGCCCUCGACUCGGUCAUGGCGGAGCUCGAGAAGGGUCUCAGCGAGCUGCAGAUAGCGUACGUGUGUCGCGAGAUGUGCCGCGGCCUUCAGUUCCUGCACUCGCGCCGCGUCAUACACCGAGACCUCAAGGCGGGGAACGUGCUGGCGACCAUGACCGGGGGCGUCAAGCUAGCGGACUUCGGCGUGUCGGCCAAGAACAAGUCGACGCUGCAGAAACACGACACGUUCAUCGGGACCCCGUACUGGAUGGCGCCGGAGGUCGUGCUGUGUGAAACGUUCCGCGAUCAUCCUUAUGAUUUCAAGGUGGACAUCUGGUCUCUAGGCAUCACGUUGAUAGAGUUCGCGCAGAUGGAGCCGCCCAACCACGAGAUGACGCCCAUGAGGGUACUGCUCAAGAUACAGAAGAGCGAGCCGCCCGCCCUCGACCAGCCCUCCCGCUGGGGGAAGGCCUUCAACGACUUCAUAGCCAGGGCGCUCGUCAAGGACCCUGAGAAAAGGCCGACGGCGGUGGAACUCCUGAAACACGAGUUCGUGAGCGGUAACCUCGACUCGAAGCCGUUGCGAGACCUGCUGCUGGAGUACAGGGCCGAGGUCGUCGAGGAGGAGGUCGUGGAUGAUGAUAGCGAGGAGCCGCGCAGUUCUCAUAUGCCUAUGGAGGAAGAUGACUCGACGUCGGUGAGGUCCGGCGACACGCCCGAUGUCAAGAUGUCGGAAGAGCCGGCAGCGGGCACGCCGCCUGGCGCGGGGCGCGCCCCUUCCCCGCGCGCGCCCCCGUCCCCCGCCGCGCCCCCGUCGCCCGCCGCGCCCCUGUCCCCCGCCGCACCCCCCGCGCCCCCGCCCGCCGCGCCCGCCGCCAAGCGCCCGCACGACGACGACCUGCCGCCUGCUGACAGGAAGCCGCCCGCACCGAAGAAAGAGAAAGGCCCCGCCCCGCUCCCGCCCGCCAGCAGCCCGCAGCCCUCGCCCCCCGCCCCGCCUGCCCCCACAGCCCCCGCAGCCCCCGCAGCUCCCCCGGUGGCCCCGACGCCGGUGUCGAGCGCAGGCCGCAAGCCGCCCGCGCCGCCGCCGCCCUCGCUGCCGCCGGACCAGGCCUCGCCCGCCGCCGCCGCCGGCAGGCUCAUCGUGGACCAGGUAUGCAGAGACGCAGAAAAAGCAGUCGAAGACAAACACACAGAGAAAGACGCGACAAAACAAAAAGAAGAAUCAAACAAAGAAGAAUCGGACGUCAAACUAACAGUCAACAGAACGCAGCAAGAAGACAACGUAUCACGAACAAAUUCCACAGAAGAAAUAUCCAUAGUACAGUCCAAAGAGAUCAAUUCAAGAACAGACUCAACCGAAGACGUCACAAUAAUCAGAACAGAAAUCAAUAAAGAUAUUAAUACACGAACGGACUCCGUCGAAGAUGUUACUGUGAUAAAAACGGACACGAAAAGAGAUGUUAUUAAGACUGGUAUAGAAGUAAAUAGAGUUAGCGCAGAAGUCAGUCGGCUGGAGAAGAAUUACUCGAGAUCAAGUUCCGUUGAUGAAGGUUUGGAGGAGAAGAGAGAGAAGAGGAGGUCGCAGCAUAAUGCGGUUGAGAUCAGGCCUGUUACGCCGCCCCCGCGCUCGCCCAAGGCGGCGGCGCCCGCGCCCCCGCUCGUGGUGGCGGUGCGGCGCUCGCCCCCGCCCGCGCCCAACAGCCUGCGCGCCGCGCCCGCCGGCCUCGUCACCGUCACCACCACGCACCCGCCCGUGCUCAACACCGCCGCCACGCUACCUCCGAACGCGGUGACGAUAUCGACCACCCCGCCCAUAGCCGACGAGGUCGUGAUAGUGGGAGCAGGCUCCUCGUCCGACGACGACUGCUUCGCGCCCUCAUCGCUCGACUCACUGGACUGCACGCAUUAUAGCGAGAAGUCUCGCGGCCGUCGCUUGGACAGUAGCGAAGUAUUAAUUCUGAGUCCGACUGCCGUCACCACCGAUUCCGGAGUGUUCGACGACAGCGUCACUAACGGACUUAAUUUGGACACCUCCCACGUGUCAGUGGUGACGGUCGGUAACGAAGAGGUGCGUGUUCGAGACUCGGCCGCGACUCACAUCGCGCUCGGCUCCGUCAGCACGCGACUCAGUCCAGACAGCUUUGAGAGCCGCUCGCAGUCGGACAGCGGGUCCGUGGCGUCGUCGUCGUCGCGCGCGGCGCCGGACGCGGACUCGCUGGCCGCGUCGCACUGCGCCAGCGCGGCCAGCGGCGAGCACGACGACCUGCACAGGGGACAGCUCAAUGGGGGAGCCAGAGUGAACACUGACAGUCAGAACUUAGAUAACGGUGAACCGGUCGUGUUGAGAAGAAAGCAGCAAGACGGACAGCCCGUCAACAGGAUACAAAGGUCAAAAGAAGACAUCCACAUGGCUAACCUCAAGAAGAAGACUCGAAAACGUACGAGAAAGUUCGAGAUCGACGGCGUUAUAGUCACAACUACCACGUCCAAGGUGAUAUGGGGCGACGAAGAGAGCGGCCGCACGUGGGACGACCACGCGCUCCGCAAGCAGGAGCUGCGCGAGAUCAAGAUGCUGCAGAAGCAGGAGCAGAAGCAGUUCCAGGACCUCAACGCCAAGGAGCUGCAGCUCAGGGAGCAGCAGGACAAGAGGUUCGAGGCCGAGCUGGUGUCGCUGGAGCGCGCGCACGAGUCGGACCUGGAGGCGCUGGCGCGGGCGCAGCGCGGCGCCGCCGAGCGCGCCGAGCAGCAGCUGGAGGCCGAGCUGCGACACGCCGCCAAGCGACUGCGCGCCGACCACGAGCGCGACCUGCGCCACUUCCGCGACACGCUCAAGCAGGAGCUCAGGCUGCUCAAGCAGGAGGUGGAACUAGUGGCUAAGGACCGUCGCAAGGACGCGUACCGCGUGCGUCGCGCGCGCCUGGACGCCGAGCACGCGGAGCGCGAGCGCGCCUUCGUGGCGGCGCUGGCCGAGGCGGGCGACGCCGUGCUGCGCCGGAUACACGACGCGCACCGCGACCGCCAGGCGCUCGCCGACAGGCAGUAUCUGCAGCAGCGGCAUCAGAUUAUGCGAACCCGUGAAGCGGCGCUGUGGGAGCUCGAAGAGAAACAGAUCCACGAACGGCAUCAGCUCGCCAAGAGACAGCUAAAGGACGAGUUCCUACUGCGGAGACAUCAGAUGCUGGUCAGGCACGACAAGGAGUUGGAGCAGAUCAAGAGGAAAAACACCCGUAAAGAGGAAGAGCUAGCGAAAUGCCAGGCUUUGGAGAAGAGAUCCCUACCCAAGAGGAUCCGAGCCGAGCAGAAAGCGCGCGAGAUGAUGUUCAGGGAGUCGCUGAGGAUCAGCGCCGUGAACGCGCCCAGCCACGAGGACGAGAAGGAGAGGCUGAAGAAGUUCCAAGAGAACGAGAAGCGUCGCUACCGAGCGGAACAGCAGCGUCUAGCGACCAAACAUGCCAAAGCCAGGGAGGAGCUCAAGGCCGCCGGAGAGGCGUUACUCCGCGAGUUGGAGCAGUACCAGAACGAGAAGCGCAAGGCCCUCAUGAACCACGAGAGCAACAAGAUGAAGGCCGUCGAGGAGCGCUACUCCCAGGAGCUGAAGGACUGGAGGGCCACCCUCGGGGACAGGAAACUGGCUUUGGAAGACGAGUUUACUGUUCAACUGGAAGAGCAGGAGAGGCAAGCGGCCAGCAACAGGAUCCCGCCACCUUCGACCACGAUGCCGCAACACAGUUCCACCCUACACUCAUCUAGGACUAGCCUAACUUCAAGUCAUUACGAUUAGAGACCUCAAAGCAAGUGUAACAAGGUAUAAAUUCGCCUAAAAUGUAGGUAUCUACAAGAUUUAUUCAGUAGUUUUGUCGUGUACUUUUAAAGUAGUGUGAGAAGGUAUAAAUUUGAAUGGCAAGUAACAGCGGGAAGGAUGCCUUAUGACGAGUUUUAAUAAGGUAUAAAAUUGCCUGAACGAAAUGUAUCUGCACAACUUUAGCCUAAAAAUUGAGAUUGAAAGCCUUAAAACUAACAAAACAACAUAAGGUAUAAAUUCAUCUUUUAAUGAAUUGUCAAAGAACUAUAAUAAAACGCCUUAAGAUCAACAAAACAGAAUCAUCGGGAUUCAACACCUUAUGACUUACACGAUAAGGUAUAAAAUAACUCUAAAAACAGGACUGUUGCUAGUUUGUCUAUUAGCCAAUAGAUGGCGCUACAUUAGAACGUUAGUUGACGGACAUUGAUAAUAGAUGGCGUUUGUAAUAGUAACUUUCGUAAAGAUGAUUUAUAUUUAAAUUAUACAAUGCUUUAAUCGAGCUGUCACCUUGAUUUGCUCGUCUGUCACCGCGUCAGCUCAUGAUUAAGGACUCCGGUUGGGUCUGAAACUAGUCGGGCGAUCCCGAUAAAUACGCGUGAGUAAACCGUUGUAUGAUUUAAAUAGAUGGCGUUUUAGGUUCGAUCGAGACUGCUAUGAGACUUAAAGAAUUUGUAGACUGACAGAUAUUGUAUUGUUUAUGAAGUCUCUGUUACUACGUAUUUCUGGUCAUGGUUUGGUCGCAAAUGUUGGUCACCAACAUACCAACAUAUUGGUUAAAGUUUGGUCACCAAUGUUGGUAGCAAAUGUUGGGCCAAACCUCAAUUGCGUAUCUACACCUGGUUCUUAACAUAACCUAUCCCAGAAUAGGUCUACUUAAUUAGAAAUUCGGGGGCAUUAAAUCAAUUAGUAAAACGAAAUUAUAAUUGUAAAAAUAUUUCUUUUGUAUUGAACGUAGCUUAAAAAUGGCGGAAAGCGGGCUUAAUUGUACAUAAAUAACAAUUUUGGAUGAAUUUUUAUAUAAAAUUAGAUAGAAAUUUGAAAUUUUAUUGGCUUCAUGUGUUUUGGGAGCCUUUAGUCAUUAUUAGGUCUUAAUAUGUUGGCGAAAUUGUUAAGCCAGAGGGGUGACGUCACUGAUCUCUAUUAAGCGUUGAAUACCCUGGUCUUAUGUAAAAUACUCGUUUUGUCAAUGGAAAUAAACAUUAUCCAUCCUUAAAGAAAUUCAUUAAAAAAAGACAAUUGUUUUAAUACAAUUGAGUGUAUUAUUAUAAAAGGCCUGCAUUUUAGUCAAAUAUUUGUACCAAGGACGGUCACAACUUACAAAAAUCUGCAUCUAGACUCGCAAUAUCAAAGAAGAAAAAUAUCUAGAUUCUAGGAUCAAAAUAAUGAGUAACGGUCACUCCAGCGUAUUCUAAAAGAGAUCAGUUGAUAAAAUAAAUGUAUUUUCUAAGUCUAAGAUUUUAAAAGAAUGCAAUAAAAUUAACUAAAAUUGCGUUUUAGUAUAGUAAUUGUGUGGCGGAACCCUUAGGCCUUUGCAAUGAAACUGCCUUUAUCCAGACUAGACUUACUAGGAAAUCCUCCCGAGCAGCGGAAAGUCUAGUAAUUUCGAUGUUGCCUAUGAUCUUAAAGGAUCUAUGCUCCAUUUGUUGAGGUACUUAUAAAUAGGUAAAAAUUCUUGGUAUUCAAAAUUAAUAGAUUUAAAAAUCAAAAUACCACGUUUUUUACUGUCGCUCCUUUCAAAUUAUCAAAAUUGGUACAGCAGUUUUUAUAGUUGUAAAUUGCAUUGUCAUCGGUUUUGAAGCUACCCUGAAGAUUUCUUAUCGGGAAAUGCCUGAAUACUGAAAUAUAUAAGUAAUUUAUUUAAUAUAUUGUGUUUGUUUGUAUUAAAGGACACCAAGUUUGUUCGCCUUUUUAAGUACCUUAACCAAUGGGCUAUAGAUUCAAUGUAUUAAAUUAAGUAUUAAUUCAUGAACUCCUAAGAAAACCUUUAAAAUAUAUAGCGUAAAACUCAUAUUCUUCGUAAUGUUAUAAAUUAAUGAGAUGUAAACUAACCAGUCCCAAAACGAGCAGGCUAACACGCUUUGCUCGCACGACACAUUUCCAUCGCACAUCUCUGGUGGAAACACAGCCUAAAAUUAAAAGUACUGUUAAUAAGCUUAAUGGCCGCCAAAACAGUUUCAAUAAGAUCUAAAAUUGAUUGACACACACAUUACUACAAACUCCGUCUAAAUCCUCCGCUCGCCAAAACUUUAACGUCACGAACUCCGCUCGAAAAUUCUUCAAAGAAAAUAUGCGUAAUGGAUUGAGUAAGAAAUUAUUGUAUGAAACAAUGGUGUCUAACUAAGAGGAAUUGAUAAAGAUAUAGUAAUGGGUGCUUUCGGAAAGAUUGAAAGGCAAUUUUAAUUAGUAUUACUUAAUAGGGAUGUUGAGGUAAAGUAAAAAUAUAUUUAGUACGUGUGUAAGGUAAUUAAAAAAUAUUGGACAGUUUUUUUCUUGGUGAAAUCUUGAUUUUUCGUUGUAUGGUUGAUAUACAACCUGGUGUCAAUGUUUCAACCGCCCAGACCUCUGAAGUUGGUAUAUCUUCACAUUGUUUUGUAAGUGAUCAUUGUCUAAUACAGGCAUGAUUUUGUAAAGUCAUUGGGCUAAGUCGGAUUCAAACUUAAGACCCUUGAUUUGGCAGACUCCAGGAGGCUAUCAGUUUUAGCACAUAACCUAGAAAAAGCAAGUAAUAUCCUCAUUACGUCACACAUGCUAUAUUAUUUAUAUUUAGUGACGUCAGGCAAUGUAAGAAAUUAAUGAAUUAUACCUAGAUUUAUUUUCUUUGAAAUAAAGAAAAGGUGUCCAAUAUUUUUACUCCCUUGACGGAUAUUAAAACCGUUUAACCAACAUCCCAUUUAUUGUUAGAAUGAAGUUUGCAAUGUUAAUUAAGUACUCGUACUGAUUAAAUAAACUUUAAACAAUUCUUCAGUAUUUUUAAAGCAAGAGGAAGGUGCCUAAUAGCAGCCCGAAUAUCAAUUUUAGUUCAAAACAUUCUACUUCAGAUCAAGAAAAUUUUCUCACAAAACAAUCCAAAAUCUACUGGGAAAAAACUUAUUGUCGUAUAGAAAAAGAUUGCCCACUGCUUAAUUAAAAUUGAUUUUAAACAUAUAUAAAAGACUUAAAAAAACUACUUAGGUAUUGUAAUUUUAACAAAAUGUAUUGUGACAGAAGUAGGCUACGCUAAGGUCUUAGUCAAAACAACCCUCGAAACUUAAAACUUAAUAUUGGUUUAGUUUCUGGCCUCUAUUAGACUACGCCGGACUGGCUACUUCUCAUAGACAGGCAGCUUUUCUUUGUAAUUAUCAACGAUAAAGUGUAGUUAUAAAUCUUAAAAUGGUCAGCAUUUGUCAAAUUUAACUCUAAAAGGCUUUUUUACAGCUUUUAAACACCUGUCACUCCCUAAAUUAGCGAGUUUAAAUAGGACCAAGAAACUUUGUAAUAGCCAGUCCAGUGUACUUAUAGAAGAGGCCAGAUUUUAGGUGUAAAAAUUAGCAUUGCUAGUUGGGUGUAUCACUAGUAAAGUUUGUCUAGAAAACGGCCUAAAAUGCACCGGCUACGGGCAUUGAAUAUCGAGUCUUUUAAGAAUUUUUGUUCUGUAAAUUACGUGUGAUUUUUAUAACGUGUAAUUAUUAUAAUAAUAAAAUAAUAAUAAGCGACACGGCACUGAUUGUCUAUUUAAGUAGACUUAGGUAGUGCAGAAAGGAAUAAAUGCAAAAAAAACAUGCAAAUAUGCAAAUAAUGCAAAUGCAAUGUUGUAUGUAACACAUUUUCGUAAUUGAAUUGAAUAUCUCAAUAAAUGUGCACUAUUUUUUAAAAAGAAAUUAACAAAAUAGGAAUUGGGAGGAAUUUGGAGGAUUUUACAGUAUUUUAAUACCAUGUUAUUGUUGUAAAUGAUGAUCAACAUAAAACUCCUCCACCAUCCUCACGAUUCCGCGACAAAUCAACACAGUUAUGUUGAACACUUUGCUCAUACAGCUAAAUGGUUAAAAUAGGGUAUUUGACCUAAAAAAAAAAAUAAGUACUUACAAACAAAUUUCAAGAAACUAUUGGAUACGAGAUUUUUCUUUUUAUUAUACGGAUAAAGUAUGGAAGUGGGGUCUAUUAAUGUCACUUGUCGGCAAAAACUGUACUGGCAAGUGACGUCACACGAGAUUUCAACGCGAUAAAAGGAAUAGGUAUCCGAUAUGUUUUUGAAAAUCUAUCUGAAGGAAUUAUUAAAUUUUUCUAGGUAAAUACCCAAUUGAAUUGAAAUGUAUUCCAUAAUUUUAAGAUAGGUUUGUGAUUAAAACCUUUUCCCUCCGGGGUUAAAAAUCCGUUCAAAUAAUUUUGCAAUGAUUGUAACGUAAAAUACAUAGUCUUGAAACCGAGCAGUAAGGGUCAUUUUCGUAUAUCACUGCAAGAGACUUUCAGUAAGAUUAUUUUUGCAAAAUUAUUUCGACGUUAGUCAAUAAUGGUCUUUAUUGUAAAUUUUGUACAGUUAGAAGUGCACAUAGCCAGAUAAAAUGACUUGUAGAUAAAUAUUACUGAAGAAAAAUUAUUUUUCCAUGUACAGUUAAGGUUAAGAACGCCUACUUAAUUUAUA